GCGGUUACGUUACGCUGACUAGUACGUGACGCUGUCGUCCGUCAAACUGCCACCCAGUCAACACAGAUUUAUUUUUUUAUGUAUUUAACCUUUAUUUGUCUGGGCAAGUGGAUACCAUCUGGAGGGAGUCGACCAGCAAACGUUAGUACCACUCCCGAGAACCAUGACAUCUCAGGUGCGACAGAACUUCCACCAGGAAUGUGAGGCUGCCAUCAACAAGCAGAUCAACCUGGAACUGUAUGCUUCUUAUGUAUACCUGUCUAUGGGCUACUACUUUGACAGAGACGACAAAUCCCUGCCCAACUUUUCCAAGUUCUUCCUGACUCAGUCCAAGGAGGAGAAGGAGCAUGCUGAGAAACUGAUGAGUCAACAGAACCAGAGAGGAGGACGCAUCUUCCUCCAGGACAUCAGGAAACCUGACAGAGAUGAGUGGGGCAGUGGGUUGGAGGCCUUGGAGUGUGCCCUACAGCUGGAGAAGAGUGUCAACCAGUCUCUACUGGACCUGCACAAAGUAGCCGUACAGCACAAUGACCCGCACAUGUGUGACUUCAUAGAGACCCACUAUCUGGAUGAGCAGGUCAAGUCUAUCAAGGAGCUGAGUGACUGGGUCACCAACCUGCGUCGUAUGGGCGCCCCUCAGAACGGCAUGGCGGAGUACCUCUUCGACAAACACACCCUGGGGAAGGAGUAGCAGCUGAACAAUCCCCUCCUUAUACUAGGGUCGUGUUCAUUAGGACACACAGUAGCAAAAUACGUUGAAACAGAAAAAAAUGUCCAUUUCUUAUUGGAUGAAUUCAGAUAGUAGUACCUCACAGUUUCAGCACGUUUUGUGACGAAUGAACACAACCCAUUUUCCCGCCUGCUGGUCAAUUUUUCAUGUUUGGUCUGUCCUUACGACUGGUAAUCUUCUAGUAUCAUAGAUAUGCUGGCUUAAAGACCAAAAUGACCAGACGCCAUUUGCUCUAUUUACAUGACUGCUCUAUAUCGUGAUUUACUAUUUCUAUGAUCUCCCGAGGCUGACUUCCAGUCUGUUUGUGCUAUCAUACCAACUCCUUGUCAUUCAAUUUGUCAAGACAAAGACAGCACUGUCACUCCCUGACCUUAGUUCCUGUUUUAUGUCUCUAUUUUGGUUUGGUCGGGGCGUGAGUUGGGGUGGGCAUUCUAUGUCUGGUGUUCUAUGUUGUCUAUUUCUUUGUGUUUUGGCCGGGUGUGGUUCUCAGUCAGAGGCAGCUGUCUAUCGUUGUCUCUGAUUGAGAACCAUACUUAGGUAUCCCUUUUCCCACCUGUGUUUUGUGGGUAAUUGUUUUCUGUUUUGUGUGUCUAUCACCAGAUAGAACUGUUUCGUUUGUGCCGUUUUGAUAAUUUUUGUUCUAGUGUUUGGUUAUAAUAAAAAAUCAUGGACACGUACCACGCUGCACCUUGGUCCUCAACCUUCUUCCACCAACAGUCGUUACAAGCACAAACAGAUCUGGGACCAGGCUAUAUUUUCCCUCUGUUUACCUACACUAUGUGUCUGUUACAAUUGAUAUGCGUUGCCAUAAUUUAAAGACUUAACUGGUUCCUAGAAAGAUCUCAUAGCUUGGUGGAGGUUAAAAGUGAGACUGUGGUGAGUAGAACCACGUAACUUUAGUUUUUCAUUUCUCUAAUGUUUUUCAUAGUUAAUUUGUGAAGCCAAUAUUGAGUGAUUUGUAGGAAAGAAAUUACUUAAAAUACCUUUUUCCGUUCUAUUUAUGUCUACACAGUUCAUUAAUUGGCCGUUUUAAUGAAAUUAUGUCUUUUUUUAUUUGGUCUGUGUCUUAUCUAUGUACGGUGAAGUAUGAUGAUAAACACUUGAAUCAC